GGAAAGGUAAACUACUACAAAUGCAACUUUUUAGUAACAUAUUUUAUUUUAUUAUUUUUUGAUGCGUAUUUUCAAUUUGUGAAAAGUCCUUUACAAUACACCACUCCUAUUUUGCUGAAUUGUUCAUCAAAUGCCAACCUGCGACAUUAUCCUUUAGUGGGCGUGGCUUCAGAGACAACAGCGUCAAGCGCACACAGGUGUUACGUUUCAGGAAGAGUCUGUGUUUUGAAUUGAAUCUGAAAAGUAGCCUGUCAGGAAUUGUCACUUUCUCUCGAGAUCUUGUAUCUGCCUGACGGUUGAAACCUGGAACGGGAAUUAAAGUCGAUAUAAAAAUGAGUAAAAUUUCAAAGUUGUUUAAGGGGAGCUCCUCGAGCUCAUCCUCCAGGCCCAGUUCUAGUUCUGGGUCCAGCUCUAGAUCCAAACACAGGUCUCGGUCUGGUCCGUCACCUCAGGAGGCCAUCAACAAACUGAGAGAAACAGAGGCGAUGUUAACGAAGAAACAGGAAUAUUUAGAGAGCAGAAUCCAGCAGGAGAUCACGAUUGCCAAAAAGAAUGGUACCAAAAACAAAAGAGCUGCACUUCAGGCACUUAAGAGAAAGAAACGUUUUGAGCAGCAGUUAAUACAGAUUGAUGGGACCCUUUCCACCAUUGAGUUCCAGCGAGAGGCCCUGGAGAACGCCACCACAAACACAGAGGUUAUGAAGAACCUGGGUUAUGCAGCCAAAGCCAUCAAAGGUGUUCACCAGACCAUAGAUCUGGAUAAGAUUGAUACGCUCAUGCAGGAUAUUACAGAACAGCAGGAAAUCGCUCAGGAGAUCAGUGAUGCCAUCUCACAACCGUUUGGUGAUCAGUUUGAUGAGGAUGAAUUGUUGGCAGAGCUGGCAGAGUUGGAACAGGAGGAACUAGAAGAAAGUAUGAAAUAUACGGGCAGAUUGCCAAGUGUACCAUCGACCAAACUACCCACCGCAAGACCAAGCCAUCGUUCGACAUCCAGAAAGAGAGUGGAGGAUGAUCAUGACAUGCAGAAGUUGGCUACCUGGGCUUCCUAGGAAUGAAUACCUUACUUUAAAACUUCUCUUUUCACUGUCAUGCACACACAUGCAUACUGUAUAUAUUUAAUACAGUAUGUAUGUAUGCAUAUGUGUGGGUGUAUGUUCGCACUCUCAAAAUCCUAUAAUUAAGAGUCAUGGUCUGCACUGCCAGGAAUUUGUGUCAAAUUUUGAUGGCUUUUAAAAAACAUUGUCGAAUGAAAAGUUGAAAAUUUGGGGGCUUUCCCGGACAGGGUUUAGUAUAGUCCCAGACUAAUUUAAAUGUAAGUGCCAUCUUGAUCGGAAACAAAUAGCACAUAUCAGUGCGAUUGUUUUGUCUCAAGAUGCACACAGUAAUGUUUGUUUGUAAAAAAAAAUUAAACGCCUUAAAUAUCCUAAUUUAGCUAAAGGCUAGUCCUGGAUGAGGCUAUCUUUAAAAUGAAGGAUUUUGCUGGAAAUAUGUUAUUAAUAUUUUAUGAGUGACGGAUUAACUGUGUUAAUGUAAAUGUAGAUUACUGGGAUCCGGGUCAAAAUAAAGUCAUAUUGCAUAUUUA